AUGGAUUUGAUUACAACGGCCCCAGAGCCUACGUUUCGGAUCCUAUUGAUUCAUGGUUUCGCUGGCACCGGAUCCUACGUCGCGGCAAAAACAACACCCAUAACUAAGCGCAUCACCGAGUUGAUCACCCCUGAAAUUCUCUCGGAGUUCCCAGGAGGCGUUGAGUUCUUGAGCCCGGAUGCACCCUUGGUACUUGAACCCCCAAUAGGCCUUGGCUGGAACAUCGACAACUGCGUCGAGGAUGAGCAAGAUAAGCAAAGUAUAAUAGCCGAAGAGAAACCACAGCAGACAGCUUUAGGCUGGUGGUAUGGCCGAGACACCGUGAGUGAUUACAAGGGCAUCGAAGUCUCGCUCUCGUUUUUGGCCAAAUUCAUCCAUGGACGGCCCAUCCAUGGAGUCAUUGGAUUCUCGCAGGGCGGCGCUAUGGCGGGGAUGGUCUGCUCUCUGGUCGAUUGCCACUAUAACCCGGAAAAGGUCGCUGCCAUCCGCGCGCAAGGUCUCCCUGUCGACGACUAUCUAUGUCUUCCUGGCCAGGAGCGCUUGAGAUUCAUGAUGGCGAUCGGAGGAUACCGGGGCACAUUGAGGUAUUAUGGCAGUCUCUACCAGUGGCCAAUGCAGACACCGAGCAUCCACACGCUCGCCAGCAUGGACGCUGUCGUGGAACACCACCUUUCCAUCGGCUUAGCGCGCUCAUUCACUUCAUAUGAAAUCAUUGAAUAUUUUGGCUCGCACUUUGUCCCUCGGGAUCCCACAAGUGUCAAUGCGCUGGCCCGCUUUGCUGCGAACGCGUCGGUGCAAUCCGUUUCGCAUCGUUUACCAACCGCGACUCCGCCACUGAGUCGCUCUGUCAAUACAAGUGAAGACGAGGACUGUAGUACUGCAACUUGGAGCACUGGACGAUCUGAUAGAUCGAUGCGAUCAAUGACAGUCGGGAAGCGGAAGAGAAAAACGUGCUUUACCUGGGACCGACGCAUGCAGGUUGUGGCCCCUCCCACAAAUUUGCGGAAACAGCCUCAAUACUAG